AUGAGGUCUCUGGCAUUUUCUCUGAUUUCCCUUUUGGGUUUAUCUCAGGCGGCGGCCUCCUCUUCCGCCGCGGAGGCCCCCGGGGGCCCCGGGGGCCCCCCGGGCGCGUUUUUUCGGGGCCCCUUCGGAGGCCUGUCGCAGCUAACUGCAGCAGACCUGGAGGCCAUCGCGGGGCGCCUGGGGGCCCUCGGAAACGAACUCGGAGACUCCGAAGAGCCCCUGGACGUGGCCUUCGUGCAGCGGGCGCUGCAGCUGCUGGGGGGGCUGCUGGGGCGGCCGGAGGCGCAGCAGCUGCUGGCAGCAGCGCCCAGCAGCAACCCGCAGCAGGCGCUGCGGCUGCUGCUGCAGUCCGAGCUCUCGCAGCCCGAAGACGAGGAGGCUUUGCUGGCCAUUCUGCUGUACUUCUUUUCCCUCCGAAGAGUGCUGGAAGACAACUCUUUUCUGCGCGAACAAGUUUCGCAGCUAAUUCAAGACAACGCGCAGCAGCUGCUGCAGGGCAACGACUUCAGCAAAGUGCUGGCAGCAAUUGCUGCCAGCAACGUCUUCCAGGACUUGCGGGAGGAAGUGGAGGAGGUGAUGCAGCGGACCACGGGCUACGCCCCAGCAGCAGAGACCAACAACGACAUGUCGUGA